AAGCCGAACAAGAUAAAGUGCAUGAUGGACGAGUGUGGUUUCAUCACUCCGUACACGCACUUUACAAGCCACGUAAAGGCAAAGCACAAACACGUUCGGAACAUCGGAACAUACAUGCCCGGGCCGUCGACAAAAUGCAACGACGCCAAGCCCAUGUUUGACCCACCAGGAACGCGAAGCCUGAUCAACCAAGAAAAUCACGACAUUGCCAUUCAGUUGGCCAAGAACAAUGCAGUUGGCGUGGGGGCGCUUCGGCUAUUGCUUUUCGUUUAUCGCAAGCUGGGCGGCAAUCCAAAUGAGCUGUUGCAGCCCUUUUUGCGGUACCGUGAUGACGAAUCGGGUGACUUCGACGAUGGCGAGCAGCCUUCUGGUGACGAUUACGGCGUGGACGGCGACGACAACGAACAUGGCGGCGAGUUAGUACCCCCUGUAAAGCGCGCUGUUUCAUCAGUUUUGGAUGGUGCCGAGUUGGAAGCACCCACACCAAAGCGUCCAGUACCAUUGAACGAUGAUGCCAUGGUUAACCGACGCUAGGCCAGAAUGGCAAAACAAUUGCUUUGAUUGGAGUAAUACGUUUACUUUCUAUGAAGUUGAAAACUAUU